AUGGCGCGCGGCGUGGGCAUUCGGAAUGAUCGGCAGCCCGGCACGGUGCAGCUGGAGAGGAUUUUCCGGUCCCGAGAUUGCGCGGGAUCUCCAUUCGGGAUGAUCAGCGGCCCAGCGCAAAGUAGCCGGAGAGGAUGUUGCGCGAUCUACGCCCCGUUGAAGGCCGGCGGGCCUGGUGAGGUGAGCUACUUUGCGAGGAAGCACGUUCGGCCCAAGGUCGGGAAGAGGCGGGUGGCGGAUGUCUUGGAGGUGGGAUGCGCGGACGAAGGGGCUCUCCGCGAGAUCCUGGCCAGGCUGCCGGAGAAGAACAUCAACGAGCGGAUGGCGCUAAUGCAGCGGCACGAGCAGCAGUUCUGCACGUGGAGGCUGCAGAUUCGUCUGGGCUUCAACAUCCUGCUGUAUGGACUGGGGUCAAAGAGAGAAUUGCUGGAUGAUUUCUCUGAGACGUUAAACAAUGGCGGUAUUUUGAGAGUGAAUGGCUUCCUGCGCAAGCUCAACGCCAAGAAGAUUGUGGCAGCUGCAGCAGGCGCUUUGCUUCGGCUGCCAAAAACAGAGCUCAGAACCUGCCCCCCAGAUGAACUCGUUCAACGGAUUGGUGCCGACAUCUCAGGCCGGUGCCUCUACAUCGUGAUCCACAACAUCGAUGGCCCUGGUUUGCGGACGGUUGAGGAUCAAUUGCUGUUGAGUCAGCUAGCAGUAUGUCCCAACAUCUCAGUCUUGGCAUCUGUGGACCACAUCAAUGCGCACAUUCUCUGGGACAAGCAACUCGCAGCAGCAUUCAACUGGUCUUUGCAGGACUGCACAACAUUUCGUCGCUACAUUGUGGAGUCUACGGAGAUCCCAUUUGCAGUCGCUGGCAGGAGAGAGGAAGCUGCUCGCAGAGGUGCGGCGGUGGUGUUGCGGACGCUCGUUCCGAGCGCGAGAGAGAUCUUUAGGCUGAUUGGAGAGUUCCAGAUAGAGGAGGGCGCUGACCAAGGCAUUUCCUUGCCGCACCUGUUUCGAAUGUGCCGUGAGCGGUUCCUGGUGUCCAGUGAGCUCACCCUGAAGUCCUAUCUCACAGAAUUUCGGGAUCACGAGUUGGUUGUCAUGAAGAAGGGCCAGGAUGGGGCCAGUGUGUAUUGCAUACCCAUGGCGAAUGAUGAGAUCAGCACUGUUCUCAAAGAGAUGACGGACGGACAGUCGUGA